CUAUACUCGUCGGACCUGUAACUCACUAUUUGGCUGCUGCAGCGAUGACUCUGCCGUCAGUUCGAUCCCUCGGUAAGUGCGAACUGAUCGGAGUAUACGAUUUCACUGACGAGGAGGAACAUGUUGAAGAGAUGUCGAAGAAACUCCUCCGCAAGUUCGGCUCCCCAGGAACUAAAAGCGCCAUCGAUAAGUAUGACUUCCUUCGAUUUUUUGCGCAGGACACACCAACCGAGAGAAAGGAAAUGGACCGGAUAGUUCUCGAUGUCGAAGUCCAAGAAAAAGAAGAACAGCCAAGGUGUGAACCCAGCAGAUAUGGAACUUGUGACCUGAUUGAUGUAAUCUCCGAUGGCUUUCAUGGAAGCAUUGAUAUCGAUUCAUCAACUUCAUCAUCUCUGUCGGAAAAUGAUAAAGCCUCAGCCGGAGAAGAAGCUACGAAUUCUGCUUCUGAUCCACAUGAAGUUGCUUCCGAGAAUUCACAAGUUCUCAUUCUCCCUGAUGUUAUUAUAUAUGGAGAUAUAUACUGUACAAACUCCAAGUUAACAUUUUCACGCAACUGUAUGAAUGUUGAAAGUUCAUCAGUAAAUGCAACUAAAGAGACAUUUUGUUGUCAGUGGAAAAUAGAAGAAAUAAUCAGAAUUGAGUCUCAGUGGUGUUCAGAGGUUGAGGCUGCCUUUGUCAAUGUUCUUCUGAAGUCUAGGGACCCUAAAGACGUUGACAGUGCGAAAGAGACUUCAGGCAUUGAUCUCCUAAAAUUUUCCGUUUAUGAUCCUAAAUGGUCUAAUGAAGUAGAAACCAUCAAAUUGCUGGACUCGAGAUACAAGGAUAUUUGGUUUGAUACCAUAACAGAAAGCGAGGCAAGUGUUUGUAGUGGACAAGAUUUGGGAACUUCACUCACCAAUCUUGCUGAUUCAUUUGAAGAUCUAGUUUACCCUCAAGGAGACACAGAUGCGGUAGUAGUUAGGAAGCAAGACAUUGAGCUUCUGAAGCCAAGACGCUUCAUUAAUGAUACAAUCAUUGAUUUUUAUAUUACGUACCUUAAGAGUCGAAUUUCUCCAGAGGAACGGGGCAGGUUCCACUUUUUCAAUUGUUUCUUUUUUCGUAAGCUGGCGAACUUAGACAAAGAUUCACCUAGCGCGUUUGGAGGAAGGGAAGCAUACCAGCGCGUGCAGAAGUGGACUAAGAAUGUGGAUCUUUUUGAAAAAGAUUACAUAUUUAUUCCUAUAAACUGCAGUUUUCACUGGAGUCUGAUUAUCAUCUGCCAUCCUGGUGAAUUGGUUCCUUCUCCUGUUAAAAACCCAUCAAGGGUUCCCUGCAUCUUGCAUCUGGACUCAAUUAAAGGAAGCCACAAAGAUGGUCUCGUAAACAUUUUUCCGAGUUACCUACGUGAAGAGUGGAAAGCGAGGCAAGGAAAGACAAGAUAUGAUCUUUCAAGAGCUUCAAAUAUGCAGCUCAUAUCGCUUGAGCUCCCGCAGCAAGAGAAUUCGUUUGACUGUGGCCUCUUUUUGCUCCACUAUUUGGAUCUUUUUGUGGCUCAAGCUCCUGCUAAAUUCAAUCCUUCCCUUAUCACGAGAUCAGCAAAUUUUCUAACUCGUAAUUGGUUUCCUCCAAAGGAAGCUUCACUAAAGCGUGGAUACAUCUUAGAAUUGCUUUACAAUCUCCACAAAGGUCAUGAUCCAAGUAUUCUUCCAGCUAAUGCCAAAAGUAAACCACCUCAUUGCGGAGUUUCCAACAGGAAUGAUCAAGAAAAUGAAAGCGAGAAUGUGAAUGAGAUUUGUAGCUGGAGAAAACCAUUUGAUAGUUCCUCAUCAACCGUCACAUCCAUUCCCCAAACAAAGACUUGUCCCUCUGCAAGCGACAUGCAAGAUCUGAUUCUUUGCGAAGAGAUUUUUAAAGCAGGAAGUUAUGAGCCUAAGUCUGCUAAGCGCCAAAAGGUCUUUAUGUCGCCUAUAGUGGAAGAAGUUCAAGAAAGUGGUGAGAAAAAAACCCAUUUGCCAUUGGACAUACAAGAAGAAUCUUUUGGUCAAAAGAUGGAAACAUUACGAAAAGAGCAGUGCAUGCUUUACAUUGAAGACAGUGAUGAUGACGAAACUGUUUCAGUAGAAUACGUCUCUGAUUCCCAAGAUUCAUGUGAAGUUGAGGUGAAAGACGAAGAUGACAAUGAGUUGCUUCGGGUUACUGGAGAAUCCAAAGAGAUUCAAAGAACCGGAGAUAUCAAGUCUGAUUCAGCAUCGAUUGAAAAAGGAGUGGACAAGGGUAGAGAUUCAGAUGCUGCCUCUUGCUACAACAAGAUUCUUCUUGUGUUGUCUGAUGAUGAGGGAAGCUCAGCCGCAAGCGAUAAUCUUAAAGACAAAGGAAACUUCUUAGCUACAAGCUCGAAUGUCAUGUCCAAGAGGCCAAAAAAACUGAUAUGUUUGUAGAAGACGAAUAUCGCCAAUCCCAUGCAAUAUUCUUGUUAUAUUUGACUUCGC